AUGUUGCAGAAUGUAUCAGAACUUAAUUUCUUUUUAUGGUUGAAUAAUGUUCCACUAUAUGGAUAUGUCACAUAUUUUACCCAUUCAUGUUUUGUUGGAAACUUGAGUUGUUUCCAUCUUUUGGCUGCUAUGAAUUAUGCUGCAGUGAACAUUGGUGUUCAAGCCCUGCUUCUUCUAAAGUGUUUGGACAGUGCUCGCUUCGGCAGCACAUAUACUAAAGUGUUUGGACAGCACGCCAAUAUCAAGUUUUUAAAAUUGCCCAUCAAGCAAGUUUUUAAAAUUGCCUCAUAUGUGUCAUUUACUUGUAAAUUAUAUGCCUGUGCUAUUUUGUUAAUACGUAAUGUACAUAAUAAAUAUGCUUCAAAGUGA